AUGAAUGCAAUUUGUAUUGAUGCCUAUUUUAAUUGGUUUAAAAUUCUUACAACCCAAUAUUACACAAUUGAUGAAGAAUUAUUAUUAUUAUCAUUAUUUAUAUCAUUAUUUGAAUUUGUUGUUGUUGAUGAUGAUUAUGAUUACUAUGAUUGGAGUGGUAGUAAUCAUAAUCAUAAUCAUCAUCAUAAUCAUCAUCAUCAUCAUCAUCAUCAAAUUUAA